UGUGCGUGUUUCAUCUGAUGUGACUUUCUGUAAAUGUAACCACAACUAGUUGUUGUCUUUCAGAGCUAAGAGCUGAAAAUGUCAAGCGUUGUGAGUUAUAGUUUACUGUUAGUGAUCUGUUUCAGUAGCUACUCAUUACAAGAUCCACAUUUGAAAGGUACGAUGGUAGAGGGGCAUCUUGGGGGAAACGUCAGCAUCCAGUGUGCUACUGAAGACAAGAAUCAGGAUGGGGUUUACAUGUAUAGGCAUAAACCAGGAGAACCAAAACCACAGAGAAUCUUCUACUUUUACCAUGAUGGCACUUAUACUCUUAAUGAAGAUGCAAAUGUCAAAAUAAUAAGAAGUGGUACGUUUCCCGGCUUCACCAUCACCUUUUCAAACCUGACUUUGACUGACAGCGCCCAGUACUGGUGUGAAUUCAAUUUGGAAGAAAAAAUCACGUUUAGCAUGAUCACAUGGUUAUCAGUGACGGAUCCAGCUCCUGUCCCAUCCAAAGUACAAAAUCAACAAGAGUGUCCAGACAAUAAUGUUAUUCUCUAUGUGACGAUUGGCUGCACUGUAUUUAGCAUCAUAUUUCUGCUGUGCAUCAUCGGUGUGAUCGUGAAGGUAAAGAACAGCCGUAAAUAUGAACCUGCAAAAUCAUCCGAGUCCUCGGUCUAUGAAGAGAUGACUAGAACCAAACUGGAUUCAAUGUCCACAUUAAUAAACCCUGCAUAUCAAUCUUCAAGGCAAGUCCGCUAAACAUCUGUGCUUGAUAACAUUUCAUUCCAUUCAUCUUUUAAAUAUUAUUUUGAUAUAAAAUGAGUUUUAUUUCAGUUUUUAUCUUUAUUUUAAUGAACACAAAAUAAGAUAUUUGAUAAAUGAUGGUAAGC